AUGGACCUCAGUCUUCUCUGGGUGCUUCUGCCCCUAGUCACCAUGGCCUGGGGCCAGUAUGGCGAUUAUGGGUACCCAUACCAGCAGUAUCAUGACUACAGCGAUGAUGGGUGGGUGAAUCUGAACCGGCAAGGCUUCAGCUACCAGUGUCCCCAGGGGCAGGUGAUAGUGGCCGUGAGGAGCAUCUUCAGCAAGAAGGAAGGUUCUGACAGACAAUGGAACUACGCCUGCAUGCCCACACCACAGAGCCUCGGGGAACCCACGGAGUGCUGGUGGGAGGAGAUCAACAGGGCUGGCAUGGAAUGGUACCAGACGUGCUCCAACAAUGGGCUGGUGGCAGGAUUCCAGAGCCGCUACUUCGAGUCAGUGCUGGAUCGGGAGUGGCAGUUUUACUGUUGUCGCUACAGCAAGAGGUGCCCGUAUUCCUGCUGGUGA